AUGCGCCAGCAGUCGACCGAUACGGUCGACAAAGCGGUAUGCACGGAGGAGUCGGGCGCGGCGCGGCUGGAAGCUGUGGUGCUGGCGCUGGUGGAGCGCAAGGCGCGCGCGCUGCACGCGGAACAUGCGCGGCGUCGCGCUACCCACCCGCUCCUCUUACUGCUGCGCAACCACCUCUCAGACGAGGAGGCGUCGAUCGUAGGCAGUCCCGGCGAGAGGCUUCCAUCGCACUGGACUGAAAAUGAGCUAGAAAAACAUAAGAAGAAAAAACUUAAGUUACACACGCAAAGGGAGGAGUUAAACAGUUCCGAGCAGUUGGAGCUGGAGCGUCGCCGGCGCCGGCGCAAGCGCCGCGCGCACGCUCGCGCGCAUGCGCACGCGCAGGAGCACAAACCUCGGAAGCAUCGCACGCUACUCGUGUCUGCGAUUGAUGAACAGGCUAAAGUUAUACAUGUGUUGGACCCGGACGAGCUCCCGCGGCGCGCUCGGUACACGAUCAUGGUGACAGCUUGCCUGCUGCUCUUCCUCUGCUUGCUGCUCGUGGGAGUUACGCUGCGAAUGGCACCACUUAUUGACGAUAUGGUCCGACAGGAGAACGAGCGGUUGAUGCACGACGUCCUCCAGGCGGGAAUCGCCAAUCGCACCCACUCGGCAUCGCGCUGA